AUGGCCGAAGCGAGGGCAAGAGCGGCAGAGAUCGCAAGGAGAAAGCCCGCCUCACCUGUCGUUGCUGCUCCUCCUCCGAGAACAGAUGUGCGCGGUGCCAGAGGUGGUCUUGGUAUUGGACUGCAUCCUUCGCUCAUGGGAGAUGCGUCUGCAGACAAGGGAAAAGGAGCACAUCAGGGUCCAAAAUUCAGCACUGUGAAAGGCAACCGCGAGCCAGAGAAGCCAAAACUCAAUCCAUAUCUGACCGACGCACCGCCGGAGCAGCAGCAGGAACAUGAGGAUCCAGCAUUCGCGCCUACUGCACGCAAAUAUGCUGAGAGGAAGAGUAAGCAGCUGGUCUUCAGUCAAAAAGGCAAAUACAUGGCCCAGGCCAAUGCUCUGCGACAGCAAGCCAAACUGGAGGAGAUGAAACGACGUAUUGCUGCCGAGACGCGCAAGGCCGAGAUUGAGGAAGCAUCAGACAAGUCAUUUUUGGUUCCAGCGCCCCCAGAGAUUGAAUGGUGGGACGAAGGUCUGCUUCCAGAAGGCCAGAAUAGCUAUGAAGACUGGGAGGCGCCGGGGAGGAAUAAGAUUGAGACUGAAGACAGCAUCAUCACUGCUCUGAUACAGCGGCCUGUGCUGUUGCAAGCACCACAAGACAAGUUCAUGCCGGGGCCGAAACCUUUAAUGCUGACCACAAAGGAGCAGAAGAAGCUACGACGGCAGAGACGAAUGGCAGAUAUGAAAGAAGAACAGGCCAAGAUUCGACUCGGUCUAAUUGAACCACCACCGCCAAAAGUGAAGAAGUCGAACAUGAUGAGAGUGCUUGGCGAACAGGCUGUAAAGGAUCCGACUGCAGUCGAAGCACGAGUCAAUCGUGAGAUAGCCCAGAGAGCGCACGACCACGAGCAAGCCAAUGCGGACCGUGCACUUACUGCCGAGCAGCGAGCAGAGAAGUUGAAACAGCAGCAGGCGGGUGAUGAGGCUAAAGGUGUCAAGGUUGCUGUUUUCCGGGUUGACGACUUGAGUUCUGGCAAGCACCGGUACCAAGUGGACAUGAACGCCAAGCAGAAUGGCCUGACUGGCAUUGUCAUCCUCAAUCCCACUAUGAAUCUGGUCAUUGUCGAAGGCGGCUCACACAGCAUCACUGCAUACAAGAAGUUGAUGCUGAAGCGUGUGAAGUGGCAAGAGAACACUGCACCUCCGCCAGAUAACGAGCCGACCACCUUCACAGGCAAAGCGCAAGAAUGGUGUCAUCCUCUGGAUCAAGACGGUAAUCUCAAAGACCUCUCGCAUAAUCAAUGCUUGUUGGUCUGGGAGGGUGAUGAAGCUGCGCGAGUAUUCAAACGAUGGGGAAGUCGCGCCUGCGAGACAGAUGGCGAGGCAAAGGAUGUGCUUUCGAAGACGAAGAUGGAGAAUAUGUGGACUUUGGCGCGAAACAAGAAGCCGGAGUUCUGA